ACCUGAUAUGUUAUCUACAUAGGAACUUUUAGCGACUAUACGUGGUUAUACAUCUCCGAUAUCGGCACAUACAUGAUGCAUCCUGAUAUUCAACAUAAAUCCUAUUAACUUCAUUUAUACUUUGAUAUACCCAUGGAAUUACGAAUAAUCCUUUUCAUUUGUAUGGAGAUGUACUGCUAAACUGGAGUCUUGAAUUAGGUAUUAUACAUCAGAGCUGAAGCCAUUAGAGCGGCACUAAGAACCAUGGCAACACAGUAGAUCAGUUAUACAAGGACAAGGGCCUGAGCCGCUAUGGCGGUAGGGCGGUAAGGCGGCUAUCGCUUAGGUACCUAGGUAUUGGUGCUAAUCGUUAAUCGGAACAAGACUUAUCUCUGCCUCCGACGUGGUCUGUGCGUGAUUUGAAGCAACAAUUUUCUGUAUGGAGGCCAAUUCUCCAUCACGAUUUAACAAUUAUUUGCGAACUUACAAUACAUACACUUCGUCGAACCCCAUUCUCACCGACGACACUGAAAAUCGAUACUCCGGUCCUUUCGUCAUAUACCUAUACCGGUCAAGACUUGUAAUAGUCUUACAAGCUAUUGUUUGCGACGCCGAUCGGUAGAAUUCUAGCCAUCCCAACCCUCCGAAUCUUGAAAUUCCCUGCCACUAGACCACAGACCACAGGCUCAAGAUGGAUCAUACAAGAGACCCUUGCCCGUGGGUUAUUUUGAACGAUUUUGGGGGUGCAUUUGCCAUGGGUGCAAUCGGCGGAACCAUAUGGCACGGUAUCAAAGGUUUCCGAAACAGUCCGAUGGGCGAGAGGAGAAUAGGAGCAAUCACAGCGAUUAAGGCGAGGGCACCGGUAUUAGGUGGAAACUUCGGCGUAUGGGGUGGUCUAUUCUCGACGUUUGACUGCGCCGUUAAGGGAAUACGAAAAAAGGAAGAUCCUUACAAUGCCAUCAUUGCUGGCUUCUUCACAGGUGGUGCUCUAGCGAUCCGAGGAGGAUAUAAGGCGGCGCGAAACGGUGCUAUUGGUUGUGCCGUACUCCUUGCCGUUAUCGAAGGUGUCGGUAUAGGUUUCCAGAGAAUGCUCGCGGGCUCAACGAAACUAGAGGCACCUCCACCACCGCCAGACACGGAGAAGGCUUUUGCGUAGAUUCCUUUUCAAAACCGAAUGCGACGAAAACACAUAUUCCCACUCUGCUCAUUUCCGAAUUAUUCGAUCGGUUUCGUGUAUUUCUAAAGGGUUUAGACGGUCUUUGCAUAACCAACACGGACGGGCUAUGAUUGACAUGUAAAAUAACAGGAGAGGAUAUUGCCGCUGUGUCGAGGCGGGACUGGCUGUUGAUAGUCCUCCAUAAGUCAUGUCCUUACCCAGCGGACAUUCACAUCCAAAUACACUACCUAAUGUUGACGGACACAGAU